AGCGGCGAGCACGUUCGUCAUUCAGUCAUUCUAGUUGGUUGGCCUUUGGCCUACUUGCUAUUUAUUAUUGCAUUAGCUGUAAAGAAUUUUAAAAUAAAGCAAAUGUAGAACUUGAUAUUUUUGUUUCCUUUAUUCUUUAUAUAGUUUUGUUAACUAAUUUUUCUGGACAUGAUUAAUUAGACUAUAAAAUGCCUAGUAUCAGGAAAUACCGACGUGACACGACCGAAGUCAGCUGUUGUUUAAAAUAUGUAAUUUUUGGUGUAAAUGUAUUAUUUUGGUUUCUGGGCCUUAUUGUGAUGGCAGUGGGCGUUUGGGCAUGGACAGAGAAAGAUACAUUCAAUAACCUGUCUCGUUUGACUAAUAUUGCUUUGGAUCCAGCAUUCAUUUUAAUAUGUGUUGGUACAAUAACAUUCAUAAUCGGCUUCACGGGAUGCGUCGGUGCCUUGCGUGAGAACACGUGCUUAUUAGCUUGUUAUGCAGUAUUUCUCGCUCUUCUUCUAUUGGCAGAAAUGACGGCUGGGAUAUUGUUCUUCGUGUUCAAAGAUUGGAUUAAACAACAAGCAACGACUGGAUUCCAGUCAUUCAUCACACAUUAUAGGGAAGAUCCCGAUCAGCAGAAUUUGAUUGAUUGGAUUCAAGAAGAUUGGCUGCAGUGUUGCGGCGUGGAAGGUCCCCGGGACUGGGAUCGCAACGCCUAUUUCAACUGUUCGAGUGGCGCGGUGGGCUCGCGCGAGGCGUGCGGCGUGCCCUUCAGCUGCUGCCGGAACAAACCGCAGGACAUCAUAAGGAACAAACAGUGCGGAUAUGACGUCAGAAAACCCACUUACCAAGGGAGUGAGCGCGUGAUCCACGAGCGCGGAUGUCUGGCCGCGGGCGAAGACUGGCUCCAGCGACAUUUCGCGCCCGUGGCGGCCGCCGUACUGGGCCCGCUCGCACUGAAGAGUUUUGACAUAGCUAAGAUAAUAUAUGACAAGGGUUGCCUAGAGGCCGCCGAGGAGUGGUUCGAUCACAAUCUGUUGAUUGUAGCCACGUCCGCUGUUUGUACCGCUUUUGCACAAAUCCUCGGCAUCUGCUUCGCUCAGAAUCUCCGGGCGGACAUAUUCGCUCAGAAGGCGAAGUGGCACUGACAAUCAGCGUCUCCUGCGGCGGUGUGAUGCGACGCGCGCACCCGCGGCCCCACGCGCCUCCGCCUUCCGACCUUCUGAUGACCUUCUGAUGACCUUCUGAUGGUAUGAUAAGUCGAUCUCAACUCUCAACUCAAAUAUUUCCGACUCAAAUGUAGAUUAUUCUUAAAUGACGAUUUCGGUACACGAUUUAUUUAAGACUAUAACGAAUCUCUUGAAUAUUUAUUUGUGAUUGAUUAUUCAGUUUGGAUUUAAUGUGAUAUGAAUUGAUGAAAAUGUCGUUACUUAGCAAUAUAACUCUUUUGUAACAGAUUAAUUGGUGUUUAUUCAAUAUUCUUUCAUCUAUUCAAUGUUUAAAAAAAUCUUGAAAUAAAUAAAUUAUUUUAUUUUUAUAAAUUCUGUAAUGUCCACAAUAAUUUAGUUAUUGUUUAAUGUGAUGUCAAUUCAUAUCGCGUUAAUAAACAAUGGCAACUUACAAUGUUUUUUACAAUUAAAAAAAAUUAAUAUUUUGUACUUAAAUUAAUUUUCAUUAAUUUGAAAACGAAAGGAAUACAUUAGUAACUGCCAUUGAAUAAAACCUGCCAGUGUAUAAACGUCAUAAUUUGAGUAUUAUCAUUGUACUGUAUUAUAUAGUUAUUUUUCCUCAAAAAUUCCUAUGAAUUAUUAAUCUAUGACACUAUUUCAUUGGUAAAAACUUCAUCUUGCUAUCCCUACGGCUUCGGUGAUAAAUCUCUUUAUCUUGAAAUAUCCUUCAAUUCCUCAAGCGUAUAUGCUUAAUUGUUGUUAAUGAAAUUGUUAUUAGAAAUAUUCAGCGUGUUGUCGACUUCAAUAUAAAUAUUAUUAAAAAAAAAUCCUCAAUAUUCUGUGUAGUCUUCAAAUAGCAUAUGUUGACUUAAUGCAUUAAUAUUUGUCCUUUAUGUUGUAUGUGUAUGUGAGUAUUGAAGUCGAUCAGUAUCGUUGUGUGUUCAAUUAAUGUCCAUUAAGCCUUAACGGGAGCUGUGAGAUGAAUUUAGUAUUGGAAUUAAAGUAUUAUAUAGCUAUAUGUAUAUGAAACAUUGUUGAAGCUGUAGAGUUAGUUCUAAACGAAAUAAUAUUCGUAAAAUGGUUGCCACGAAUUUGAAACCUAUGACCAUUAUCUCAAGGACAAUAUUGGAGAUAUUGUAUUCGUCCAAUCAGUCCAAGCAUAUUCACCAUAAAAUAAUCUCGAACAUAAAUGUAGUACAUAUAAAUGAAAACAUCUAAAAUAAGAAAAUUCGUGGUAACCAAGAUGAUUGACCGUCACAUGAAUUAAACCUCAGAAGUUAAGAUGGCGGAGAUAUUUUGAUGCAUUUAGGGCCGUGAUAUAAGCUGCAGGAGAAUAAUGGCUGACAAUAUAAUUAGAUAUAAAAUAUUUAAAGUAUUACUAUAUUAGAAUAAUUUUUUAGUGAUUAGGAAAUACUCAAUUCAAUAUAUAAAAUUUAUUUUGUCAUCUAAUCGUAAGACGUGGGAUUUAUUGAUAAUGAAUUUGGACGCAUAAUUUAGUUACAAAUAUCGCACAAUUAGUUAAGUGACUGAGUAUUAUGUUAUGAUAUUAUUUACAAUAUAAUUGUUUAAUAUAUAUAUAUUUUGUAGUGUUAAAAUCGUUAUAUAUAGUAUUUUUUUCAUUAAUUGCGAAUACUUAGAAUAAAGACAUAUAACUGUUGUUUUAGAUAAAUCGAGAAAAUAACGAACUAUCACUAAGCUAUCUUUAAUUAUUAAGAGGUAUCAUGAAGUCUGUUUUACAAAAUAUCACUUUCGUUUUGAAUAUUUUGUUAUAUAUUUUUUUCCAUAUUAUUUUUUUAAACUAUAGUAGCAAUACCUCAAAUUAAUAAGGGAUAACUAAUAUUCAUAUUUACCCCUCCUUCUAAGCUUAUCACUUGUGUUAGAAGUGGGAUGACAUAACUUUCAUCCAAAAAUAUCGUAUUGAUUGUUGUAGAUUAAAAAAAAAUCUAAUAUAUCUAUAGAAGUAUUACAUUAAAGCAAAAAAAAAAUCAUUCGACAGACAUGAUACUAUCCCAUUCUGCUUCGAUAACAUUUAGUAAACAACUCUAGGACUAUUUUGUAAGAACGAAUUCUGAAACUCACCGCAGAAGACUAUCGUAUAAUGUCAAAAUUAAGAUGCUAAAUUGACGAUAAUUAUUAAUAAUCGAAAUAAUUUGUUUUUCUUAAAUAUCACUAGUGAGAUACGAAAUGAGUUCUUUUAGAAUAACACCGCACCCUGCACAUAUCACAAUUAAAUUGGUACAGCACUGGCUUGCACAGAAGUUGUAAAAUAGACCUCAUGAUAGUCUCAUAAUCACCGUGUUUGCCUUAAACAACAUUCCUUUGCAUAUUCCUCAAAUAACAGGACAAUAAUAUUUCGAAUACUUAAAUUUGUAGCAAAUGAUCUCUUAUAGUCGAUCGGUUUUAUAGAUUCCGUGUAUACACUGCCUUACAGUAUUUAUAUAUUGUUACAAUCUCAUUUUGUGCUUAUAAUAAUAACUAUAUUGCCUUUUUUGUAUUUCUAAACUAGAAUAAGGAUAACAUAAUUCUUUAUAUACAUAGUGUAAUUGUAACUAUUAUAUUAUUUUUUUAAGUUUUUUUUUUAAUUUGUUGAUCUGAAAUCAUAUUUGAUAUAAUUUUUACCUGUGCAAGCCUUUUUGUACAGAUAAUUUUCAUUAUCUAUGGUCACCUCUCAUUGGUGACUCGUUUACCUAUCAAUUAACAAAAAUAACUAUUUUGAAUUUUGCCAGUGUUGGGUACUAAAAUUAAUUAACAUAUAAUUCAUUUUUGUAUACUUUUUGUAAUGAAUAGUAUAAAUAAGUUUACAUGAGAUUGAUUUAGUGUAAAAUCGCCAUGUGUCUAGUAUAUUGAAUGUAU